GAUUCUAAUUAAAUAGGGAAAAUAUUAUAUACUUGGGACCUACAUAUUAACACAUAAUUUUGAUGUGUUACCUGUUAAUAUGCAGAAUUGGGUGCUUGAUCUUUUCCCCAUUAGUGCAGAAGUCAUAAGGCGGGUUCUAGUUCUCCUCUGGGCUUUAUAUUGUAAAAGGAGCGACGUUACUUUCAACGGCGUGCAUUUUACACGUGCGAAUGUUGUGCAAUUGGCAGGUAUUAUGAUUAGUAAUUUUGACGAAGCUGCUUUAAAGUGUGUACUCCAGCCACCAUGCCUUAUGUUUGUACUUGGCAGCCUCCUUUACAUGGUUUUGUCAAAGUUAAUGUUGACAGUGGGUUUUCGAACAAAGACAAAAGGGGUGGCAUUAGUUGUAUGAUUAGAGAUGAAUUUGGUCAUUCUUUGGAAGCACUGUAAUGCCCGAAAAAUGAAGCUGCAAUUCAUGUUGAGGCCAUGGCAAUGAUAAAGGGGAUUUAUUUUUGCUAAGGACAAGGGUUCUCUCACUAUAUGUUUGGGUCAAGAGAAAUGAAGAGAAAUUAAGAAAGAUAUUUUUUGACUAAUCAAAUUUAAUUGGUCAAAAAAUCUUGCCCUCCUCUCUCAUCCCUUUCAUUCCCCUCAACCCAAACAUACUAUCAAUAUAGAUGGACUUUUAGUAUUGAUGACACUUGCUUGUUAUGUAAAACAGGAGUGGAAACAAGCACUCAUCUGUUUUUUAAGUGUCACUUUACUAAGCAAAUAUGGGAAGUUAUUUGUGCUAUGAUAAGAAUUCCCUUAUUCUACCCUUGGUAAGGUUUAUUGGCCUAGAUGGGGGAGCAUAUUAGGAGGAAAUCCUUGUAUUGUAUCUUUGUUAAACUAGCCUAGAAUGCUAUAGUUUAUUAUCUCUAGAGGGAGAAAAAUAACAAAGUUCAUAGGCAACA